CUCUGCGCGACGCAUCCUGGGACACGUAGUUCAUUCAGUUCGUAGAGGCAUCAACUACAGAAGCAGAAAAACUCGGUUUCCCGGCAAGCUUCACGUGUGGGGAGCAAGGGCACAAGACGCCAGGGAGCCAGACCCCUGCCGCAGGCUAUGAGUAGGAGCCUGAGCUGGUCUGAGCAGCUCGACGCGCUUCUCAAUGCUACGGACCGAAAUGUGAGCAGGAUUAAGCAACGGCUGUAUCCACUUGGAGUCUGUACCGGGGCAGGAGACCUGGCUGGGACUUGGAUUUCCCCUCAUCACUUGCCUACUCAGUCAGGAAUCCAAGCUCAAAAGGCUUGGGCUCUAGAGGCUCCUGUAUUUCCAGAGAGGCUAAACUGGGCUGAGGCCCAGAGUACAUCUUCUCUCUGGGAUGAAGUUACUAUGCUACGAUCCCAGCUUCGAUCCCAGGCUCAGGUGACUGAAGCACUACGGCAGGCUGUCCAGGGCCUGCUGGAAGAGCGAGAGCAGCAGAAGUACCAGAUCUCUGCCCUGGAAGCAUCACUAAGGUUGCUGCAGGGCGGCCCAGAGCAAAGGGUCCUUCUCCUGGAGCAACUUCUGGAAGAGAUGAGAAGGGAACUGCAGGGCCUUCGAAGCCAAGUGCAGGAACAGGCCCGAGCCCAAAUACAGACAGGACCACAGAAGUGCUGUGCCACCAGUGGCCUUCACGAAGAGCUUCAGAAUGAGCGGCAACUGCUGUGCGAGGAGUCCCAGAUUCUUCGGGAGGAACUAAAGUUGCUACGGGACCAGCUGAGCCAGCACCAGGAGCUGCUACUGAAACAGAUAACUGAGAGGCGGCAAGCUCAGGCCUGCAGCUGGAAGAUGUUGGAUCAGCUGCAAAGUGGCCAGGAUGGCAAAGGUCACACCCUGGAGGCUGUCAGAACAGAGGUCCAGGAUGCCUGGCAGGAGCAUGACCUCCUCAGGACUUCCGUUCAUGUCCUUCAAUCUAAGCUGCCCAGGCUGCCCACCUUCGCCAUGUCGCUUUCUUCAUCUAGCUCUGAAGUCAGGCUUCUGGACAGUAACAGUAGCUGGGAACUUUUAAGGAAGCUAGAUCUCCAGAGGCAUACCCUUUCUAACCCGGAGCCCAGCAGCUUUCAGCUCCAGGCCCAGAGCCUUGAGCAAGAGGACCUAUUCUUUAAGGGCCCCAAGAUACUCCUAAGUGACCUGUAAGGACUUGUAAUGUAGUAGGAUGAAGUCUUCUUUGCUCACCUUCCCCUCCAAGGUCCUGUUUCUGAGUUGCCUGCCCCUCCCCUCUUGAUCUAGUUGCUGUUUGACCUCCCUACUGAGGCUUGUCACUGCCUGUCCAUCCCUGUCUGGCAAUUGCAAUAAAAUGGUUUAACCCUCCCUGAGAUGACACCACCCUUAUGGCAGAAAGUGAAGAGGAACUAAAGAGCCUCUUGAUGAAAGUGAAAGAGG